AGCCCCCGAGCCCAGGCGCUCGCCGCGCUCCCGCGCCCCUGCUCUCCUGAGCGGGCUGUACAAUCCUCGGCAGUGUCCUGAGACUGUAUGGUCAGCUCAGAGGCCACGAUCGCCACAGAAGCGACAGCUCGGCUCCGAGGACUUCUUUCACACGCAUUUUGAUCUGGCUUUGCCCUCUCCCCAACUGGUUUUUAUUUUAUUUUAUCUUUUUUAGAAAAACUAUUUUAAAACUUUUUCCCCCUUUGGUGAUUCCUGUACGCAUUUGACAACCUCUCCCCUAUUCCCAUUCCUCCACCCUUUCCUCUCACAGCCACUCCUCCUCCCGGUUCCUCCCCCCGUCACCUCUCUCCACCCUCUGCUUUCCCCGCACCUACCCAACCACCUGCAAACUAACACCUGAUUUUGCGGAGCGCUUUGGACCAGACUGCGCUCGGGACCUUUUGCAAUCCACCCAGGGCCUCAGCAAGCCUAAAAGACAAGUUAUCCGCAGCCAGGGUCUGAAGGCGCCUGGUGGCCCUCAAGGAGAAACGUGAAAAUGACAGCUGACAAGGAGAAGAAAAGGAGUAGUUCAGAAAGGAGAAAGGAAAAGUCGAGAGAUGCUGCCCGAUGUCGAAGGAGCAAGGAAACAGAGGUUUUCUAUGAGCUUGCCCAUGAGCUCCCCCUGCCUCACAACGUCAGCUCACAGCUGGACAAGGCUUCCAUUAUGCGGCUGGCCAUUAGCUUCCUCCGGACGCACAAACUUCUGUCCUCAGUGUGUACUGAGAAUGAGACUGAAGCUGAAACAGAUCAGCAAAUGGACAACUUGUACCUGAAAGCUUUGGAAGGGUUCAUCGCAGUGGUGACCCAAGAUGGAGACAUGAUCUUUCUGUCAGAAAACAUCAACAAAUUCAUGGGACUCACACAGGUGGAGCUAACCGGACACAGUAUCUUUGACUUUACUCACCCCUGUGACCAUGAAGAGAUCCGUGAGAACCUGAGUCUAAAGAAUGGGUCUGGUUUUGGGAAGAAAAGCAAAGAAAUGUCCACAGAUCGAGACUUCUUCAUGAGGAUGAAAUGCACUGUCACUAACCGAGGCAGGACCGUCAACCUAAAAUCAGCCACAUGGAAGGUCUUACACUGCACAGGUCAAGUGAAGGUCUACAAUAGCUGUGCCCCGCACAGCCUCUGCGGGUAUAAGGAGCCUUUACUCACCUGCCUCAUUGUCAUGUGUGAACCCAUCCAGCAUCCAUCCACCAUGGACAUUCCCCUAGACAGCAAGACCUUCCUGAGCCGUCAUAGCAUGGACAUGAAGUUUACCUACUGUGAUGACAGAAUUACCGAAUUGAUUGGCUACCAUCCUGAAGAGCUGCUUGGGCGCUCUGCCUAUGAAUUCUACCAUGCCCUGGAUUCAGAGAGCAUGACCAAGAGUCACCAGAACCUGUGUACCAAGGGUCAGGUGAUCAGUGGCCAGUACCGGAUGCUUGCAAAACAUGGUGGGUAUGUGUGGCUGGAAACCCAAGGGACUGUCAUUUACAACACGCGGAACCUUCAACCCCAGUGCAUCAUCUGUGUCAACUAUGUCCUGAGUGAAAUUGAGAAGAACGAUGUGGUGUUCUCCAUGGAUCAGACUGAGUCCUUGUUCAAGCCCCACCUGAUGGCCAUGAACAAUAUCUUUGACACUGAAGUUCCUGUGUCAGAGAAGAGUAACUUCCUAUUUACCAAGCUCAAGGAGGAGCCUGAAGAACUGGCCCAACUGGCACCCACACCAGGAGAUGCCAUCAUUUCUCUGGACUUUGGAAACCAGAGUUUUGAAGAGUCAUCUACUUACAACAAAGCCCUUCGGACCCCAAGCCAGCCAUGGCCUGGAGACAUGAAAAACCACAGUUGCCAGAGUGAAGCCUCAUUCACUGUACCCCAAAUGGCACCGCCUGGCAGCACCACCCCCAGCGCCAGCAGCAACAGUAGCUGUUCCACGCCAAGCAGCCCAGGAGAUUAUUACAGCUCUCUGGAUGAAAACCUGAAGAUGGAAAUGAUAGAGAAACUGUUUGCUAUGGACACCAAGUCCAAGAACCAAUGUAACACCCAGACGGACUUCAAUGAGCUGGACCUGGAGACACUGGCUCCUUAUAUCCCCAUGGAUGGGGAAGAUUUCCAACUGAGCCCCAUCUGCCAAGAGGAGCGCCCCCAACUGGAGAAUACACAGCCGAGCCCUCAGCCUAAUUUCAGUACCAUGACCAGCAUCUUCCAGCCCCUGGCCCCAACAUCCUCCCAAAGCCCCUUCAUGCUGGACAAGUACCAACAGCAGAUGGAAAGCAAGAAGUCAGAUGUGGACCCCCAGCCCAUGUCAUUUAUAUUCUUUGAUGGCGGGAGCAAAAUGACCCUCCCCCCAUGUUAUGGGCCUGCCAGUACCCCACUGUCCUCCAUGGGAGGGAGGUCCAAUACUCAGUGGCCCCCUGACCCACCAUUAGAGUAUGGACCCAUAAAGUGGACACUGGCAGAUCAGUAUGCCAAAUCCUUAAGGAGAUCUCCCUCGGGGCCUCCUCUGCCACCACCCAACAUCUCAAUGUAUAAAAAAAGUUUGGUGAAGGGAUUGGGACCACGAGGUCCAGAUAAGAUGAAUCCAGCUGUGAUUGCCCUCUCCAAUAAGCUGAAGAUGAAACGGCAAUUGGAGUAUGAAGAGCAAAACUUUCAGGACAUGAGUGGGGGAAAUUUGCCUGGCAAUAGUGAUCCUCACCUCAUGUGGAAAAGGAUGAAAAGUCUUAAAGGUGGAAAUUGCUCCUUGAUGCCAGAGAAAUCCUUGAGUCUGAGUGUCCUCAAUGAUGAGUUUAUCCAUAACCCAGCACUGGGAGUGAGCCAGCCCCUAAGUCACCUGCCAGCCCCACAACCACCUUCUUCUGUGGGUCCUGGGGAGAAUCCAAAAGCAGUCUAUCAUCCCCAGUUUUAUGCUCCUCACUAUCAGGAUUACAACCCACCGCUGGUUCACAAGUUGUCAGGUAUGACAAGUCGGCUGCUCGGUCCCUCGUUCGAACCCUAUUUGCUGCCUGAACUGACCAGAUAUGACUGUGAGGUGAACGUCCCCGUCCCCGGCAGCUCCACGCUCCUGCAAGGGAGUGAAUUGCUCAGAGCACUGGACCAGGCCACCUGAACCAGGGCCAAGCUGUAGCACCCCUCCCUCAGCCAACACUCUUUCAACAGCUUCAGUUUCUAAGUCUAUUUUUGCAACUAGAUGAUAUUUCUAACACCAAUACACUUUCUACGAGAUGUACUCGGCAGGUCGAAUCUGUCCAUGUCACCAAACAGUGGCCUUUUCCUCACUUUAUUAUCCCUGUUUAAAAAGAGAAAUAUAUGUUUGUUUCAGCUACUGUAUUUUUCUCUCUCUUUCAAUGAAAAAUGUUUAAAAAGUUGAUAUGAUCUUACUUCCAUGUCCCCUCUUACUUCUAAUUUAUAGUCGCCCUGGAUUUUUCUGCAAUAUCCCUACUAACGAGCUGUGGUGUGUGUGUUUGUGCCUCUGUAGAGAAAAUACUUUGGCUCCAUUUUUACUACAAAGGAUUAUUUUGUGUCGUUGUUGCCAAAGAAAAGUGAAUCAAAAAAACGAAUCUGCUCCCAAACUGUGGUUCAUGGUUCCUUCAGUCCCCUCGAAUCUGUUCUCUCUCUCCUUCCUAGCACUAAUGACCAUACUGUAAAUGUAAUGUCUUUUUUUUUUUUUUAAAGCUGACUAUUCUCAUUAUGAUACCGUCUGUCGGAAACAGAAAUGUGAAGAGUGAGCGCCCAUGUUUGUGGUUCUCUGUGAAAGUGGCACAUUGUAGGCUUUCGUUUUGGGGGGCUUUCUUCCAUUUGGUGGGUUGGUGUUUUUAUUAUUGUUGUUGUUAUUAUUAUAAUACAAAAGCAUA